AGCGAGGCCGGUCGGCCACGGGUUGGAGCAGCUCAGGUGCAGCCCCGCCCCGCCCACCCGCGGCCCCGCCCCGACCUAGGUGAGCGGCUCCGCCCAGGCCCAGAGUGGAGACUUAAGGGUGUACGUGGUACUUAGUGGGAAUGGAAAACUCCUAAGGAGGAAACCUUGGAAACACCGUGAUUUAACAGAUUGUAAGAAAAGUAAGAGUGCCCCGAAGAACGUCUUUCAAGAAAUAUAGUUGUUGGGGGUGAUACUAGAUCCACAAUGGAGGUUCCCCCAGCAGCCAAGCUUGGGGAGACCUUUGUGUUUGAAGAUGGGUUAGAGAUGCACCGAGAUCUCUUCCCAGAGGAGGACCUGGGGGACUCAUUCCUUCAGGAAAGAGGUUUAGAGCAAAUGGCUGUCAUCUAUAAGGAGAUCCCUCUCGGGGAGCCAGACGAGGAACACGAUGACUACGGGGGGAAUUUCAGUCUGUGCGCGAGCCCUGUUCAGCAUCAGAGUCUUUCCCAAGUAAACAAACCUCAGGAUGAUGAGCUAUUUGGCCCAGCCUUCCUCCAGAAAUCAGACCUUAGUAUGUGUCAGUUACUCCAUGGCGAAGAAGAACCCAGUAAACAUGACUGUGACCUAGUAGGGAGAGGGGACUCGGGACCGAAUGACCCUCACAGAACGGCACAGCCACCGAAACCCUAUGCGUGUCGGGAAUGCGGGAAGGCCUUCAGCCAGAGUUCGCACCUGCUCAGACACCUAGUGAUCCACACCGGGGAGAAGCCCUACGAGUGCUGCGAGUGCGGGAAGGCCUUCAGCCAGAGCUCGCACCUGCUCCGACACCAGAUCAUCCACACCGGGGAGAAGCCCUAUGAGUGCCCGGAGUGUGGGAAAGCCUUUCGCCAGAGCUCGGCCCUCACACAACAUCAGAAAACCCACACUGGGAAGAGACCCUAUGAAUGCAGGGAAUGUGGGAAGGAUUUCAGCCGGAGCUCAAGUCUCAGAAAACACGAGAGAAUCCAUACCGGAGAGAAACCUUAUCAGUGUAAGGAAUGUGGCAAAUCCUUCAACCAGAGUUCGGGCCUGAGCCAGCAUCGCAAAAUCCACACCCUGAAGAAACCUCACGAGUGCGAUCUCUGCGGGAAAGCCUUUUGUCACCGGUCCCACCUCAUUCGGCACCAGAGGAUUCACACGGGGAAGAAACCGUACAAAUGUGAAGAGUGCGGGAAGGCCUUCAGCCAGAGCUCCAACCUCAUUGAGCAUCGGAAGACCCACACCGGGGAGAAACCUUACAAGUGCCAUAAGUGCGGGAAGGCCUUCAGCCAGAGCUCCUCCCUCAUCGAGCACCAGCGGAUCCACACCGGGGAGAAGCCUUACGAGUGCGGCCAGUGCGGGAAGGCCUUCUGCCACAGCUCUGCGCUGAUUCAGCACCAGAGAAUCCACACUGGGAAGAAACCCUAUGCGUGCAACGAGUGUGGCAAAGCCUUCCGGCACAGGUCGGCCCUCAUCGAACAUUAUAAAACCCAUACCAGAGAGAAACCCUACGAGUGUAACAAAUGUGGCAAGUCCUUCAGGGGGAGCUCACACCUCAUUCGGCAUCAGAAAAUCCACGCUGGGGAGAAGCUCUAGGAGGAGCAGCUCACGCCAAAGCUUGAAAGCCUUUCUCAGACAGAGCCUGCACCUGGUCACUUUGCCUGCAAGGCCCCACCCACCUUCCAGAUAACAGUGCUGAACCUGGGUGCUCCUGAACACCUACAACAGCGGCAAGACCCCCUCGUGGCCAGGAGCCCUGGGGGCAGUGGGCUUACCGAGUGAGAGGCGGGGGUGGAGGGUAGGAGGCUGCCAGAGUGGCUGUGCGCCUGAGAAGGGCCUUCUCAUUCUCACAUUUGGCUUCCAAGCCUGUGAAGUUCAGUGUUUCCCUCUGUUCCAGAAUCCAGAGGGGGAAUAAAUGUAAGGAGGGAGAAAGCUGAGUUAAACCCGUGAAAAUGUCAGGUGAGAACUCUUCGACAUCAGGCUACAGUCUGGCACUUUUAGAAGAAGUAACAAUUCUCACAGUCCAAAUUAGCUGAAGAAAAAAUGAAUCCAAAAAGUAGUUACCUCACCACAAAAUGGAAUCUUCUGCCUGGCCUGGACGCUGGUGGAGAACAGGGUAUGGAACAGAGAGUCUGGAAGGACUGGGUCUGGAACUGAGGGUGAGGGUGUGAGGCCCUGAUGUGGUCCUUUAAUCUGGGUCUGUGGUGGAGUGAGAGCAGCCUCUCUCCCAGCGGAGUAGGGGUUCAGUUGGUGCCCAGCUCUGACUCAGCCCAGGCCCAAGGCAGAGCGCCCUCUGGGAGUGGGCCCUCCAAGACCCAGGGCUCCCGAGACCUCAGCGUGUCUUGGACAUCAGCAGCAGGCGCAGCUCCAGGCUGGCAGCUCUGCAGCCUCUGGAGCCUCUGCACCUUCCAGCGUGGGGUCAGGCGGGGGUAGAGGGGAUGCCGGAAGCAGGGUGAUUCAGUCAGAGGUCCAGACCUCUGGGUCCAGGUCUCGGUUCUGUCCCUCCUACCUCUGUGACCUUGAGGAAGCCCCAAGGCUCCACUUUCCUAUCUGUGAAACGGGGAUGGUGGGGCCUGGCCAUGAACUUCUCAGGACUGGCGCAAGGCUUGCAUUCAGAAUGAGGCCACAUACAAAAGUGCUUUGGCAACUGGUGAUUGAGUGUGGGUGCCGCACUGGAGACACUGUCCCUGAAACCUGGAGAGACAUCCCGUCUGGUCCCUGAAAUGGCAGAGCUUGCAGCAGGCCCUCACUAACCCAGGCUUUCCCAUACUCCCUCAGGCUUGCCGCCCGGGCUGGGGGCGCCCCGUUUGUCCUACAUGCAGAUGUUUCCUGGGGGCCAUCCUGAGCCGCCCUGCAGUGGCAGUGCAGUCUGUGUCCCUGCAUGUCUCUCUGUCUUCCUCCUGCCAGCUGGUGUUCAGCCGGGGGUGGGUCCCAUGUGGACCAGUCGUGGGCAUCCCCAGAAGGGGGUGGGGCUCAGUGGUGUGUUUUUACAGCUCCCAGGCAGUUAUGUGUCCCCACACACACCCCAGCCAUUAUGUGUCCCCACACACGCCCAGGCCAUGAGCCCUGUGCUGGGCACCAUGCAGCCCCAGCACCUCCCAAAUGUCAGGCCAGCUUGCCUGGACUGAGGAGAGCUUGAAGGUGGCCAUUGCCUCUUAGUCCCCCAGGAGUGGGCUCUGGCAGGGACGCUGCAGGGUCUGGCUAGUUGGUAAUUGUCCUGGGCCCUUAGGCCUUCGGGUGGCCCUGGGAAUCAUUGUACUGGUUCCCCCCCCCGCCCCCCCCCCCGCCCCAGGCUUCUCAGCUAGUGUGGGAGGAGGCAGUCUGAGCUAUUUUGAAGUUUUCCAAACAUUAUGGCUGGAAUCACAUGAAUGCAUUGGGGUGAAGCUGGUAAUUUCAGCUCAUCAGAAGCUCAGCUUGGCCAUUAUGCGUAAUUGGAUGAAUAAAAUGGGAGAGCCAUAGUUGUUACUGAGUAAGUGGGGCUCGAGAGCCAGAGAUUCGAUUUUAUUAUUAAACAAAAAAAUUAUUUUAAUGCUCUAACCAACUAAGCUCUCCGGCCAAGGCAGUUGCCAGAGAUUUUAAAAGGACUGGUCUGGUGGCUGGGACAUCACUUCUCUCCAGGUCCGCCCUCUGCUGUGUGAGUGUGUGAGACGUUAAACUGCCCCCCCACCCCAGGGGCCCCCAGGACCUGCUUCUCCACCUGCCAGCUGUGGCGCCUGGGCACUGUCGUCAUUUACCAAGAGAGGGGAGAGAAUGCUGAGACCCCUGCUUGGUGCAGGUGACAGCAGCCACCCUGCCCCCACCUACCUCCUUGGCGCCCCUCUCCCCUUGUCCCUGGCAGGCGGUCAUCUGUUUCCUUCCACAUCCUUCUGGAAAAGGCGCAAGAUUUACAGGACCUGAAGAGAAACCAGAGCAUUCCUUCCACAUCCUUCCUACACCAGAACCAAACUGAAUUUUUUUAAAGCAUCACUUUGCACAUGUCACUACUCCCUUCAAAACCAGCCUUCCGGGGCUUUUCUGCACACAGAGCCCUGUUUCAGCCGACCCUCCUCCACCCUCCCUAAGCAAGCCGCACGGAGUUGGAGUUCGUGCGGCCUCUGUCCUUCUCAACUCGCUCCCAGCUUCUCCCAACUCCUCUUAUGCUGUUCUCGUGUCUUGGAAUUUGCACUUUCUCGUCCUCCCCCACCUGUCUCCUUUCUUCCUUUUGAUGGUUAAUGUAACGCAGGAUAAAAACCCCUUUCUGAAGGGUUGACGGAGUUUCAAAUACGGUGAGACCAGGAACCUCUCACCUUUGGAAGUGUGAGUGGAACCUAGUUCCUUCUGUUCACUUUCUUUCGCUGUUCCAUGAUGUUUGAAUUCCUUCCAUUUGAUUUAGGUCCUCAGCGUAAUGUUGUGAGACAUUGCCCUGGUGACGGUCUAAUCGUCCUUGAGUUUAGUCGUUUCUGUCGUCUUUCUUUUUCUCGUGGCAGAUGUUGGGUGUUGUAAAAGUCCAACUCUUGAUUUUGUUUACUAACCAUUGUGUCAAAGUAUAUGUAUUCUCUUCUGUUUUCUUUUUUUUUGGCUUAAUGUUUUGUUUCUAAGAUUAAUUAUUAGCUAAUCAUAUUUUUAAUGUUUCUGGCAAAUGUGGGUACUUUGGUCUACAGUUUUUUUUCUUACAGUUAUAGCCUUUUCUGCACUCAAGUUGGACAUGUGGUAUUUUCUGUUAUUAUAUUAGGAAUUUCCUUUUGACCUAAAUGUUAUUACUUUUCAUAUUCCCAAGUGUUGAAUGCUUAAGUCAUUGUUAUUUCUUACUGUAUUGUGGUGUCAACGUUUCGAAGUAUCCAUAGAACUUUGUUGGGCCUGAGUAUAUUAUCAGUUUUUAUAAAGCAUUUGUGUACUCUCGA